AUGGGUGUCGCGCGCGCGUCGUGGACGACGGGUCUCGUCGUCGAUGGGACGCGCGCGCGACGGCGCGAGCGCACGCGCGCGCGAGCGUUCGACGUGGGGAAACUCGCGAAAGUGCUGCGACGGAAGACGGCGAACGAUCUCGCGCGCGUGUUCAACGGCGCGGAAAAGACGCGCGAGCGGUUGACGGAUGUGAAUGAUAUCUUGGCGCUGUGGCGCGCGAGCGCGCACGAGGAGACGCUGGAGGAGUUGGAGGAGACGCUCUUGGGGGUGGAUUUUGGCCCCAAGGCGAGCGCGCGGGUGACGGAUGGGGUGCGCGCGCGCGUGGAGCGCGGAGAGUGCGAGACGGGGGAGGACGUGCGACGGGCGCUCAAGGCGUCGAUCGUGGACGUGUUGCGAUCGGCGGGGGAUUCGACGACGAUUGGGUUGAACGAGAGGGAGGGGGAGCCGAGCGUGAUUAUGGUCGUCGGCGUGAACGGCGGGGGGAAGACGACGACGCUCGGAAAGCUGAGUCAUCGAUUCGCCGAGUCGGGGGCGAAGGUGAUGAUGGUGCCGGGGGAUACGUUUCGCGCCGCCGCGGCGGAACAGCUCGCGACGUGGGCCGAGCGCACGGGGGCGGUGAUGAGCGAUUCGCCGCCGAACACCAAGCCGGGCGCGGUGUGCUUCAAGGCGGUGGACGAGGCGUGCGCUCGAGGCGACAUCGACAUCGUGCUGGCGGACACGUCUGGUCGAUUGCAUAACAACACGCAACUCAUGGAUGAGCUCGUGGGCGUGCGCAAGUCGAUCUCAAAGCGCAUGGAGGGUGCGCCGCACGAGGUUCUCCUCGUCUUGGACGGCACCACGGGCUUGAACAUGCUGAACCAGGCGCGCGUGUUCGGUGAAGCCGUGGGCGUGACGGGCAUCAUCCUCACCAAGCUCGACGGUACCGCGCGCGGCGGGGCCGUCGUGAGUGUUGUGGACGAGUUGGGCAUCCCAGUAAAAUUCAUCGGCGUCGGCGAGGCGAUGGAGGACUUACAAUCCUUCGAAGCCGAGUCCUUCGUCGACGCGCUCUUCCCGGAGGAGGCGUGA